AAAAAGCUACUGGUUAAUCUAUGAAACGAACCAACGAGUCUUCUGCUUCUGCAGUAUCGUCUUUGUCUUCUGCUAUAAUAGUCGGUUGCCUACAGAAAGGUUUUGUCUUGAUGAGAGCCAUUGAGUAUGUUUGAAAAGGAUUAUCUUUUUUUGUUCAAUGGAAGAGUUACAUUUACAUACUGGAUUUAAAGAGAAUAGAUUAUAAUGAACUAUCUAUAAUUUGAAGUGCCUUUGAUAGUUCUAAUUUAUCAACUUUGUAGAUUUGGGAAUGCUAAGCAUAAUUUAGUAAUAUUCAAGAACAACAAAGGUACCAAGAUGCUUUUAACCGUGUACUACAUGGCAGCCACCUGGUUGCAGUCUUGGCGUUUGAGUUCCAUGCGAACCAAAAUUGUUCAGCUACGUAAAGAUAGAGGUUCACUUCUGUUGUUUAAAAGUCAAGAAUCGGCAUCUCAACAGGAUGCAGGUUUACAGAUUCAAGCUGUAAAUUCUACAUACUGUUCUAACAGUCGUGAUGCUCGAAUUGGAGAUCUGUUGUGCUAUUCUGGCAACAAGCAUGGAGUCUCACUUUUCCCUCAGCUAAUAUUGGACACAUCCAAUUGGAUUGGAGUGCCAGAUAAAAAGACUUUAUUCCCAAUCGAACUGUCAGGAUCUACAAUAGAAGAUCUGUCCCAGGAGAAUACCAUCCAUGUUGUUAUUGAAGCUGAUUUCAGUACUUUCAGCAAACAAAGCUAUGCCUCUCACUGCCAGAUUGAGGAGUUUGGUGUAGCUCGUGCAUGGCUUGCACAUGAGGCUUUGCUUCUUCUCUUGGAGAGCAAUGAGGAACAGUUAUCCAAAUUGAUUGCCUCAUACAUGGGAAAUACCAUCAGUAUAGGACCAGGUCUAGAGCUGCUAAAGAUUUUAUCUGUUGAAGUGAAGGGGAAGCCUUGUUUACUCCUUAAUGCUGAUUCAAUUCCUGCAUUCAACCCAUCAUCUCGAAGAGGCACAAGUGUACGCAAGCGGGCCGUAGCAGCUAGUCAAUGGCAGUCUCACGUCAGUCUGCUGCAGACGUUCAGCCGGGCCGCAGCACAAGCGGCUCUCUUGAAGUCUCCUGCCCCUAUUGAGGGUCACAGAUCGGCCAUGGUGGUGCCAGGGUCCGGUGCUGGUUACACACCAAUGGAGGAAGUGAAGCCGUUUCCCGCGGAGUCCGAACCUCAGCCGCUUGAGAUCAGCGAUCCUCUCACUGUAGCCACUCCCACAGUGGAGGAGUUGCCACCUCUGGAGCCUGAGGAGCGUUCCAUGUCCAUGACCAGUCUCAGCGCCCAGCCUGGCAGCACAGGUUCUAGCUUUGGCUCUCUGUCCCGUGUCAGCACCGAUACUUUACUGGCAGCCUCGGUACACUCAAGGACAGGUAUGGUGAAUGGCAGCAGUGGCUCUAUGAGCUCUCUACGUUCCAUCACCAACACUCCCAAGCACAUUAGAGUGACUGUACCACACAAUGCUGACACCUCGGGGAAACCUCCCAAUGUAAUUGUUUUCUCUGAAAGUUCUGUAUCUGCUGAGAGUGUAAAGAAUACCCUCUGGUCUAUCCUCCAUAAGCACAGGUACACAAUCUACAGUCUAAGCCUGUCACAAAUGAUGUCAUCAGCAUGGGUGGGACAGGCGACCCUAGUGGUGGUGUGUGGCAGUGUCCCUACUACCCUUGCCCCCAUACUGCUGCAGUACGUACUGGUGAAGGGUGGCUCACUGCUAUGUCUCUGCUCAGACCUUCUCGGUGUGUUCCUACCGAUCUUCCGCACAGCCGAAGUGCGCCCUGACCAGCUUGUCACCUUCUCUUACUCCAGCUGGAAACAUGUCCGCAUGAUGCAUCAUAUAUUCUGCUACCAGCCUGCCAGUUCUGCCAAGUUUUCUUCGUCGGAUGAAACCAACAGUAUAAACAUUCCAAAGUCAGUGGAAGUGCUGGAUGAUGACAACAAGCUGCACACGCUCUCAGUGAAGGUGCUCGGGGCAGAGGAGACAUGGCAAACCCCAAGCCUUCUGUUAGGCACUGAAAACCAAUCCGGUGGCAGAGUAGUUUUCUCUCAGGUACAUUUGGAGGCUGACCCUUCUCAAUAUGAGAGCGAUGAAGAUAAGGCAAAAGCUCUGAAAGAAAGUAAUCCAGCCAGAAUAGAAAUAUUCUCAGACUUGUUAUCCACACAUCUUGGCCUUGACUGCAGUAGAGACAAGACAGACACAAAGUACAGUGCUGCCUAUUUCCUUGGCUCUCAUGAGCUAAAGCAAGAAUUUAUGAACAAAAUAAAGACUCGCUUGGAAGGAGGAAACACACUCAAGUUGCCAGAUUUAACUCUCAAGUUCUGUGGAAAGGGUGUCUCUCCCCCUGAAGCCUCCUCCAGUUUGCUGCCUGUGCUCAUGUAUGCUUGCCCAGAUUCUUUCUCUACUGUCAGCUACUUUGACAACUUGGAAUCUAAGACACUGGGACGACUGGUGAUCUUCUCCUCUGUGAUGACUACAGCCAUGGCAGUGCUGACUGGACCUCCUCUUGCUCAUGGUCUGGCUGUCAUUCCCAGCCAGCAGACCUCUGGUGUGGGUCGAGGCGGGAACAUGUGGUUGAGUCCUGAGGGUUGUGCCAUGUUUGCCUUCCAACUGCAUAUCCCCCUCAAGUCAGAGCUGGGCCGACUUCUACCAUUCCUGCAGCACACUGUGGCACUUGCUAUUGUCUCUAGUGUCUGCUCCCAGCCUGGUCUGGAGGUGUUGGAGUUGGGUUUGAAGUGGCCAAAUGAUAUUUAUGCUGGUGCUUUAAAAGUAGGAGGUCUGAUUGUAACAAGUGUGAUUUCUAACGCAUGUGCAAUUUGUAAUGUAGGCUGUGGCUUUAAUCUGGAUAACAAGUUCCCGACAGUGUGUAUAAACGACAUGAUAACCCAAUUGAACAAAGCCUCAGGACAGAAGCUGCCUCUGCUGACCAAAGAGAAGUUCUUUGCCAUUGUGUUCAACCAACUGGAGAAGUUGUUACUGAUGAUCGAGUUAGGAGAACAAGACAAAGUGCUUGAAAUGUAUUACAAAUAUUGGUUGCACGGAGGAGCUGAAGUAGACGUAACAGGACCUGAUGGGACUGUACAACAUGUCACCAUUGUUGGCAUCGAUGAGUACGGCUUCCUGCGUGUGCAAGCAGCCGACCGGUCAGAGUUCACCGUACAGCCUGACGGCAACUCAUUCGACAUGUUGGCUGGUCUCAUAGCACCUAAAGUCAAAUAAUCAUGUUUUAUAUCUUAUCCGUAAUCUCUCAUGCUCUUGGUUCCAUUCAGCUUCCUCAGUGGUCUAUUUUUGUUGCAUACACCAUAACUCAAAACAGAUCAAAUAUAUUUUUGUAAGUGAUGAAUUCAAGAUUUCAUACAUAUUCUGCACUGUAGUAUUUAGUAAAAUAUCACAAACAAUAUUGAAUUGUAACAACAAAAGAUGUUUUUGACAUUCAUUCGCCUUUACCUGGUGAUUGUGAAACAUUAGACUUUUGUGACUGUAGUUUUAAUUAAUUUACUGUCAUGGUUUUUAAUCAGAACUCUAAAGUAUAAUUUGUGUGUUUAAAAUUUAAAUAAUUAUCAUCUGAAUACAUAGAAAUUAAAUUCUAUUUUCUAUUUAUAUCUAUUUUCAUAUGUGUGAAUAAAUUGCUCUAGUAAUUUGGAGUUUUUGAAAAUUAAUAUUCCUGUAGCAAUGAUUCAGAGCGUAAGCAAAAUAGUCAAUCUAAGACUAAAAAUAUACUGUGUUGAAUAUUAUACUGAAGAAUGAUUAAUGAAUUUUAAUUACAUCGGGAUUACAAGAGCAUGAGUGUCAGUUCUAUUGUAAGUACCAAAAGUAAAGACCACUAGUAAAAGACGUUCUUUGUAAAUUAUUUAUGCAAUUGAUGCCAUCAAAAUCAAGAUUUAAAAAAUGUUAUGUUGUUUAAUAAUAAUUUUUUAGUAAUUUCCUUUAAAAGGAUUUCAAAUACAUUCUGAUAAGAAAUUACAGUUGAACAGUGUAUUUCCUUAUUAUUAUGAUCUGUUAUAAUUAUUUGUUUAAGAUUUUAAGUAUCAAUUUGAAGUAAUGUAGGCAGUUGAUGCAAGGUUAAAAGUUUUUAGACUCUUAUUUAAGCAGGAAUGCUGUGAAAUGAAAAUUUCUCUUUUGGCAUUUCGAAACAAUACUGAUAAAGUGUCAAGUCAUUUAGUAUUUGUCUGUUACUGUUGACAGAAGCUGCUGGUGGUUCUGACAAAGAGCCUCUUACUCAUUGGAUUUUAAAAUUAAAUUUGUUCUUUAAAACAGAUGUUCAACAUUUAUUAUGAGGGUUACAAAGAAAGCAACAUGUUUGAGCUGUUUUAAUUUUCUUCAAGAAGUUGUAAAUUUACUAUUAAUACUUUUAUUUGAUUAAUUUAAUUGUAUUGUUAUUGUGCAUUACAAAGAAUUAAACAUUAAUUUGUACAUUAAUUGUUGUUUUUGUGUAAUUUUAUUUUCAGUUAUAUAAUUGAAUUUUGUUCAUCUAUUUGAAUUUCGUUAAUCUAUUUUAUUAUUUGGGUUGAACAUGUGAAAGGAUAUGGACUGACUUUUCCUGAUGAAAAGACUUAUUCAUGUAUUCCAUCUUCAUCAGCUGUACCAUUUAUAUUUACUCUCAAUUCUUUUUGUUGGCAGUUAAAAUUUUUGUAACUAUAUGAUGGUUUUCACAGCAUCAUAAAAAUAUACCAACUCUUCCAUGUUAAAUUUAUGUUCAGAGGCAAUGCACCCAUAGUUAUUAGAUGUUCAUAUGCACCAUUUCUUCAGAUUAACAUUGUUGCCAUAUGUGUGAAAGCAAAGAGGUGACCACUCUGAAAGUUAUCUUUAAUGUAUACACUGAUUUUGUAUGAUAAAUCUAUGUAACUUUGCACUUCUGUUGUUUUUACCAUAUCUCCUCCAUAUACUUUCUUCACCACAUUAAGAGUCUUGGAUAAUGGUUUCUUGAACAAAAUGUAGAAUUUCAUGUUGGCAAACUUCUAGCUUUAAAGAUGGCAAUUUAAAAAUCGGAUGAUUAAACAUUGUCUGUUGUCAGUAAAUACCCGCAUCUUUAUACAGCAAUAACAGGAAGAAUGCCAGACACUUAGGUACUUUCACCAUAGGAAGAGAAAUUUUCCCUUCAGCAAAUCUCUGCUUGAAUAUAACCAACAAUUCCUGGAACUUUUUGACAAUAUAAUUCACAUUUAUGUUAUUUUAUUCCAGUGGGAUUUCUUAAAGAACCAUGUGUAAUAUUAAAGUGUUAUCUUGUAUUCAGAUUCUAAAUGUUAUUACUUAUCAACAAAAUGUAAAUAAAUAUACAUAUAUAAUUACAUAUUAUAACAUAUAUAUAUAUAUAUAUUGUUAAUUUUGGUCCUUCUAAUUUUGGACAUUCCAGUUUGUGAGCGUAAGAAUAUAAUUUUGUUCUCAUGUACUGUCACUUUUCUUCUGUAAGAUAAUAUACAGUAGUUAAAUCAGUUUUCAACAAUCUAACUUUAUGACAUUAAAAUUUGAGGCCUUUUAAUCCUUGUUGUACCGUUUUCCAAAGUUGUAAAUAUUUAUAGUGUUACUUGCAGAAGAAGAGGAACUGUAAGAAGGCAUAUCCAAGUUAAAUCUAAUGUAGCUUUAAUUCAUAUGGGAUUAAUGUAGAGUUAACAUUUUUCUUAGAGCAAGUUUAUAGUUAUGAGAAUUUUGUUAUGAAAUAAUUAUCAGCAAAGCCAUGCAUCAUAUCCUAAGUUUUGAGUGACCUAUGCAAUUUGUGGCCAUGACAACUUGAACUAGGAUGUUACCAAAGUAAGAUUGUUGUUCCUAUUAAUUGUGUUGGUCAAGGGUUAAAAACAAAAUUACAUUUGGGGAAGAGCAAAUGAAAGACUGACUUUGAUGCUGUUGUUUUGCUGAUAACAGAAAUUAUUUACGUUUUCUUGUUUUAACAUAAUGAUUUGCACUGUGAUAAAGUUGAUGUAGUUCAUACUGCUCUAGAAGUCCUAUAGUGCUAUUAAGACUGUAGUCGUGUUCGUGCGUGUUCUCAUUCACUUCUUGUCAAUAGUUGUUGUACUUAUAGGUAAUGAGGCAAUUUCUAGUGAUUUAAUCAUCAAGCGUGUAUCAAUGUGUUUGUGUACUAUAAAAUCAAUCAAUCUCAAAUAUUGCAUUACAGCAACAAAUAAUUAACUUAACAGUAAAAUUUAUGUUUUAUUGUUGGAAAUUAUAUACAUCUUUGAACUCACAAUGGUUUUGCAGCACUUGUGGUUCCAAAUUUUAUACUGGUAAAUGUAAAAAAUUUUAGAAUAGAUUUUUACAUAUAAAACGUACUGUAACGCUGCUGUUUCUUAUAGCAACUUGGCUCAAACUCACUUUGCUGACUGAAACAUCUUAUAUUUGAGCAAAAUACUGUUUAUUUAAUUAAUUUCCAUUAAUAAUAAUUUAUAUAACUAGUUAGUUUUUAUUUAUAGAUACUGUAGCAGUGCAGGGAUGCCAUCACAGUGUGAAUCAUAUUUAUUUUGCAGAUAAUAGAACUGAAGUACAUUUUUUAUCAAAGUAAAUAAUAACUACUUAUCUUAAAUUUUAUUCAAAUAAUAAAAAAAUAUAAAACUAUAAUUGUAAUUAUAGUAUUACAAAAUAUGUCUCUAUAUAAAUAGUAAUAAAUUAACAAGAUAAACAAUUAUAAAUAUAUUGGGAAAAUGAAGAACAAUUUUUAAGGAGUGUAAAUGAACAUCUUUUGUUGUAAUAGUGUAAAUAUAUUAAUAAAUAGUAAAGAAAUAUUAUUACAACACGUGUGGCACUAAAGCUCAUGUGGUGGUGUUAUUGGUAAGAAGUGUAUUGUUAUGUUUACCAUAAAUUAUUUUGCAUUGGAUGUGAUAAAAGAAUUUUGUUUGGAAAUAAAGCGAAGAUUUCUUCUUUUAAGUACAUGAAAUCUUAUUUAAACUAAUUUUAUUGUUUGAUUAAUUCAUCGUUCAACGUCACUUUUAGCAAUUUUAAAUAUUUCAGUUUGUGACAGUUUGGAUGCUAUCAUCAAAUCAAUCAUCUCUGGUUUCGUACUGUGUUUAUGUAUAGUACAGCAAUUCCUCUUUUUAUUGAGAAAAAAAAUUAGUAGGUUUCUCCAUAUAAUAUGAACAUGCUAUAAAAUUACCAUUUACUUAUUUGUAUAUUUUGAUAACAACAUUUGAACAAAAAUUGAAGAACCCAUUCAUGUAUUGCGGGAACAUUUCGUACUUGUACACAACAUACACAAGCGUUCAGUGCACUCAAUAUACUAGUAAUAGUAAGAUAUUUUUGGAAUUUUAAUAUUGACCCAGGUUUACUAACAAUUGUAGCAGCAGUGUCCCUAUUUGGUUUAUUUUCCUUAAUGCAUGUGAAAACAAGAAAGUCUAAAAGAAACUUACAUUUGGAAAAAUGAUUAUUUAAAACUGUUACUCUCUAUAUAAGCUACAUUUUAAUAACAGUAAUUUUAUUAAGGUUAUUGAUUUUACUCCUGAAUUAUAUGUCUAUUUUGUGUGUAUUACUGAUUAAUCUGAUUAAUAUACCUACUAUUUUUGUUGGAAUCUUGUUUUUUGCACUUUAGUGGUAAUAAUUUUGUACCAAUAACUGUGGAGUGGAUAAGUAAGUACCAAAUUUAACUGUAUGACACUUAAUUUCUGUAUUGCUGACCCCUAACUUUUAAGUUUAAAAUUUUGUGAUUAUUUGGCUAUAAAUAAUCAUGAUUUUGUGCAAGAUAGAUCUCAAGAAUUGGUUUAUAGAUUGUUGUACUUGAUUAGUCUAAUGAAUGAUUCUGUCAUUUGAAAACAAAUCUCAACUAACAACUAGACUAAAUACAGUUUUGAUGAUGAUAUUAUGGUAUAGUGCAAGUGUAUAAAUUUCCAUGCAGUGUCAUUUGUGAGGCUGUGUAAGUGCUAUUAUGUUUUCAUUGCUUGAAUUAAGUAGACAUUUAAUUAAUAUUAAAUCUUAAAUUAAUACUUGACAUCACAUAAGUUUGGUAUACCAAGUGUAAAAAAUAAACUCUGUAGUAGGUUAUUGAUGGUAAUUUUAUAUUUAUUUCAUA